CAUCCCUGUGCUCGGCCUGGGACGCUGCGCGCCUAGUUGCGGGGCGAGCGCGAGGGACCCCGGCUGCUCCGCGAGGCUGCUGGUGCGUCCGGGGCGGGCGAGUGGGGCAGGUUUCGUGAGCCGCGCGGGACACCGGUUCCUCCAGAAUGAAGGUCUUCUUGCCUGUGCUGCUGGCUGCCCUUCUGGGUGUGGAGCAAGCCCACUCCCUGGUGUGCUUCUCCUGCAAGAAUCAAAAGAGCAACUUGAACUGCCUGACCCCGACCAUGUGCUCUGACUCGGACCACUACUGCGUGACAGUGUCUGCCUCAGCGGGCAUCGGGAACGUGGUGGACCUUGGCCGCACCCUGAACAAGUUCUGCUCCCCGAUCUGCCCUGGCCCGAGUGUUAACCUCGCAGUGGUGUCUGUGGGCACCCAUUGCUGCCAGAGCUUCCUGUGCAACAUCAGUGCUGCCGGUGGUGGGCCGCAGGUCAGUGCCACCGUGCUGGCCAUCGGGCUCCUGCUCAGCCUGCUGGCAGUGCUGCUGCAGCCCAGCCUCUGACGCAUGGGGCCUGUGCCUGCUGACACCCCCGCUCAGGAAGGAAAUCCCAGCCCUCUCCAGACCCCAGACCCCAGCAAGAAUUCAAGUCUCCUCUGACUCCCACCCUGCCCCGUCCCACCUCGGCUCAGGUCCCCAGGGCCAAGCCCCACCUUGCACUUGGACCUGCCCCAUGAGAAGCCAGCUGCCCUCUUCCAGGGAAACGAUAUGACUUUCCUGGGUGCCCAGGGAAGGGGUGAGGGUUCCCCUGGAGCCUGAGGGUCCCGGGAUCAGGGCUGAGUCCACCGCCCUUGGGGAUGCCAGGUGUGGCAUCGGUGUGCACGUGAGUGUGUGGGGGGCUGGUGAGGGAGGGAACCCUCAGGUGUAUGCAGAGGCGAGUGUGGUUGGGCGUGUCCCUGGAGGGAGAGGGGACUCCACCACCCAAACCUGUUUUCUCUGGCAUCUCUACCCACCCCCCCAUGUUUCACUCACGUCAAGGGUAGCCUUUUAGGGGGCGGGGGCUCCCACUGCUUCCCAAACCAGGGAUCUGCUCCCACCCACACGUCCGCCUGAGCCCCUGCACGCCCCCCCACAUCCCCACCACACUCAGCCCCCAGCUUCCCUGGUGCCUCAAAUAAACAUGUUUCCACUCUCCAACUGCGUAGCCCACCCUGCCUGUUGUCCCGACCCCACAGGUGCUAGUUGGGGAGGGACCUGGGGUCUUAGUUCCCCUGUGGCACCCUUGGGGCAGUGGGAGAAGAGAAGCGGUCAGCCCCCAGCCCCAUGUCUUUGCUUUCUGCCUCUGUGGGGGGCUCAUCGUUCAGGUGUCCCACUGCAGGCGGGGACGAUCCGGGAAGGCUUGUCUGUGUGGGAAAAAUGCUUUGCUGGGACCUGGCAGAGGGCGGAACAGGCUGGAUGGGAGAGAAGGUGGGGGCCUGGAGAAGGUCGAGGACUGCAGCCGCUGUCGGGUUGAGGCAGGCAACUCCCCGAUGCAAACCUUAUUGUGGGAACAACAGGGAGUGGCCUUCAGGUUGCGGUGUUUGUUCUCAAGGCCAAGGAGGGCUUGGAUUUGGGCGGCACUGGAUGAGAACCAAGAAGCAGCAAACAGUGGAAUGGAUGAAGCAGCUCUCCCAGGGCGCCAGGCGUGCUGUGGUCACUUCAGUUCUCAAGUCAGCCUGGGCUCCCGGUUGGGCGGAGCGCGCAGGGUCUGAGCUCACACUUUGUCCGCUUCGUUCAACCUUGCUGUCUCAGGCCAGCCAGAGCUGUGCUGGGCGUGUUUGUCCCGGUGGCGUGUGACAGUGGUCACCCUCAGGCUAAUAGUACCAUCUCUGGGAGCCUUGAAACCAAAGAGGGGUCAGGUGGAACAUGAGGGGUGUCACACAGGGCGGCACUCGGAAACACUUGGAAUGUGGUGUCCUGGCUGUUGGCCCAAAGGGGCCUGCAGGUGGUUUGGCCGGCACGCGUGGCUGGGGCACUGAGGGUGCAGAAGCUGGCCAGACUCACCGGUCCUGGAGCCCUGGGGUAGGAAUACAUCCCAGACAGGCACACACUGGGGAGCUGGAGGUGGUGGGGCCUGAGAAGACACCUACUCCACGUAGGAGGGUAAGGACCCGGACAGAGCAAGCCCCUGGGAAAGACCAAGAAGCGUAUCAGAGCCGCCCUUGGGGACUGAGGCUAAGGCUCAGUGGGAGUGAAAACAUUUUGAUUAACUUGAGUGGGUCAGACCAGCAUGAAAAGCAAGAGAUGAAAAAAGAGGAUGGAAAGAAGGCCAUCGCACCAAGGACCCUGACAGCUCUUUCAUCACAGCUGGGGGUCCUGAGUCCCCAGGUAGAAUGAAUUUAUAGUGCCUUUCACCUUGCAAGUGACUUUUGAAGAAGAAACGGAUUUUGUGAAUUGUGGGCAGGGUCAGGAUAGGGAGAGGAAGCUGCACAAGCGGAAUCAGGUCAUGGGCGGAAACUGAACUUGACCCUGAGAACAUGGGGCGCCUCCUGGUGAGGCAGCUGGCAGGAAUAUGCUCCUCUGGGCAUCCACUACCCUCCGGAAAAACUCCUUACGGUCGAGUCAAUUCCAACUCAUAAUGACCCUAUAGGGCAGAGUAGAACUGUCCCACAGAGUUUCCAAGGAGCACCUGGUGGGUUCCAGCUACGGACCUUUUGGUUAGCAGUUGAGCUCUUAACCACUGUGCCACCAGGUGAUCUUAAUUCCUCACACUCUUCUCAGAGGACAUUGAGGGAAGUCUGGAUGGUCACUUCCCGUUCCCAAAAUUGGAAACUGAGUUUAGGAGCCGGUCGGGG